AUGAAGUGGCCGUUGUUGGUACUGGGGGGUGUUGCCCUCUUGGGGCUGGGGCUUAUCCUGGGCCACUUUGGCAUCCCCAAAGAGGCUGCCUCGCCAGUGGUUCAAGGCCAGGACCAGGAUCUGGACCUGAAGAUCCUGGACUCUGUCAUAAGACAGCUAGAGGCCAGCAGGAUCCGGGAGAACCUAAGGGAACUGGCCAGGGAGCCACACCUGGCGACCACCCCACGGGACGAGGCCCUCGUGCAGCUGCUGCUGCAGCGCUGGAGGGACCCAGAGUCAGGCCUGGACGCGGCCGAGGCCCCCACAUACGAGGUGCUGCUGUCCUUCCCCAGCCAGGAGCAGCCCAACCGCGUGACUGUGGUGAAUGCUUCCUCUGGGGACGUCCUCUUCACCUGCCGCCAGAGCGAGGAAAACCUGACCGGAGAGCAGGCGGGGCCGGAUGUGGUGCCCCCUUAUGCUGCCUACGCUCCCCCCGGGACCCCGCAGGGUCCCCUCGUCUACGCCAACCACGGCUCAAAAGAAGACUUUGAGGAGCUGCAGGCUCGGGGCAUCCAGCUCAACGGCACCAUCGCCCUGACCCGCUACGGGGGAGUAGGGCGGGUGAACAAGGCUAUUAAUGCCGCCAAACAUGGGGUGAUUGGGGUGCUGGUGUAUACAGACCCUGCUGACAUCAAUGACGGCCAGAGCUUGCCCAGCGAGACCUUCCCCAACUCGUGGGGACUGCCUCCCUCAGGAGUGGAGCGAGGCUCUUACCAUGAGUAUUUUGGGGACCCCUUGACUCCCUACCUCCCAGCCACCCACUCCUCCUUCCGUCUCGACCCUGCCUCUGCCACUGGAUUCCCCCCAGUUCCUACCCAGCCCAUUGGCUUUGAGGAUGCGAAAGUCCUGCUCUGUAACCUUCAGGGACAGAUAGCUCCCAAUGCCUGGAAGGGGGCCCUGGGCUGUGAAUACAGAUUGGGGAGUGGCUUCCGGUCUGAUGGGGAGUUUGGAGCGAGCAGCCAGGUGAACGUGAGCGUGCACAACCGCCUGGAGCUGCGGAACUCCUCCAACGUGCUGGGGAUCAUCCGGGGGGCAGUGGAGCCCGACCGCUAUGUUCUCUAUGGGAACCACCGUGACAGCUGGGUGCACGGGGCCGUGGACCCCAGCAGCGGCACCGCAGUCCUCCUGGAGCUCUCCCGCGUCCUGGGCACCCUGCUGAAGAAGGGCACCUGGCGACCCCGCAGAUCAAUCGUGUUUGCCAGCUGGGGGGCUGAGGAGUUCGGGCUUAUUGGCUCCACAGAAUUCACAGAGGAAUUUUCCAGCAAGCUGCAGGAGCGCACCGUGGCCUACAUCAACGUGGACAUCGCGGUGUUUGCCAACGCCUCCCUGAGGGUGCAGGGGACGCCUCCAGUCCAGAGUGUCGUCUUCUCUUCCACUAAACAGAUCCCUGCCCCAGGCCCUGGAGGCCUCAGCGUUUAUGAUAACUGGAUUCGGUACUUCAACCGCAGCAGCUCGGUGUAUGGCCUGGUUCCCAGCCUGGGCACGCUGGGUGCUGGCAGUGACUACGCGCCCUUCCUCCACUUCCUGGGCAUCUCCUCCAUGGACAUCGCCUACACCUAUGACCGGAGCAAGACCUCAGCCCGGAUCUACCCCACCUAUCACACAGCCUUCGACACCUUUGAUUAUGUGGAAAAGUUCCUGGACCCUGACUUCAGCAGCCACAGGGCUGUGGCCCAGACAGCAGGGAGUGUGCUGCUCCGGUUGAGUGACAGCCUCUUCCUGCCCCUCAACGUUAGCGACUACAGCGAGACCCUCCGCACCUUCCUGCAGGCCGCCCAGCAGAACCUCGGGGCCCUGCUGGAGCAGCAGGGCAUCAGCCUGGGACCCCUAGUGAGCGCUGUGGAGAAGUUUGAGAAGGCAGCUGAGGUCCUAAAUCAAGACAUAGCGACGCUGCAAAAAGGCAGUCCCCACCCCCUGCAGGUCCGGAUGCUCAAUGACCAGCUGAUGCUCUUAGAACGGACUUUCCUGAACCCACGUGCCUUCCCCGAAGAGCGUUAUUACAGCCACGUGCUCUGGGCACCCCGCACUGGAAGUGUAACCACCUUUCCUGGUCUUGCCAAUGCCUUCUCGCGGGCCAACAGCACAGCACCUGGGUCUGCACCUUGGGCUGAGGUGCAGAGGCAGCUCAGCAUUGUGGUGAUGGCCCUGGAGGGCGCUGCUGCCACCCUGAGGCCUGUAGCUGACCUCUGA